AUGACCUUGGAAGAAAGGCGCAAGGAGUACUCAAGGGAAUAUGUUGCAUUGAAAGCUAUUCCGACGUGGAUGGAAGACUUAAAAAGUAAAAGCGAAAACGACGGUGAAAACGUUAAAGAAGAUCUGCAGGGGAAGAAAAAUCUGAGCGAGAAAGUCUCUCUGUAUAGAGGUGAUAUCACCCUGCUCGAGGUGGAUGCCAUUGUUAAUGCUGCUAAUUCCAGCCUUCUUGGAGGUGGAGGAGUGGAUGGCUGCAUACACAGAGCUGCUGGGCCCUGCUUAGUUGCUGAAUGUCGCAACCUGAGUGGCUGUGAGACUGGACAAGCAAAAAUUACAUGUGGAUAUGAACUACCAGCAAAAUAUGUGAUUCAUACUGUUGGGCCAAUUGCAAGAGGCCAUCUCACUGACACUCAUAAAGAAAACUUGGCAAAUUGCUAUAAAUCGUCUCUGAAACUGGCAAAAGAGAACAACAUCAGAUCAAUUGCAUUUCCCUGUAUUUCAACAGGAAUUUAUGGUUUUCCAAAUGAGCCUGCUGCUGUCAUUGCCCUAAACACUACUAAGGAAUGGCUAAGCAAGAAUCACAAUGAGGUGGAUCGUAUCAUCUUCUGUGUCUUUUUGGAGGUUGACUACAAAAUUUUUAAGAAGAAAAUGGGCGAGUUUUUCCCUCUAGAUGAUGCUAAUGAAGAAGGGACUGAGAUGAGUGAAGAGACGGAGCGAUUGGAACAAAAAAGCCAGCCUCCAUCUCCCACAAAGAGCAAAGCAGAGCAGCCUGAGGACCUGCAAGGUGAUGCUGAGGGUGGUGACAGCACUGAGGAGAAGCAAAACGCUGAAGAAACCAAGGCCCAGAGCCAAGAAGCAGAUGAGACAAAACCUUCAGCUGUAGCCAGCCUAUCAUCAUCAGAAGAAAGAGAGCUGAGUGAGGAUAAAGACUCCCUGAAAGACUCCAAAGGCACACAGGAGAGUGACCCAGUGCAUCCUGUGGGAUAUGAACAAGAUCAAGCCGAAGGACAGCAGGGUCUUUCUGCAGAAGAGGAGGUGAAAACUGGGGCAGAUUCCCAAAGCUCCUGCAUGGAAGUAGAAGAGCCCUUGUCAAACCAAGAAGACACAACAGAAGUUAAGAUACCUUUGAUUCAUGGUGCAGAGGAAAAAGAAGGAGGAGGAAAUGAAGAAAAAGAAGGAGGGAUGCAAGGGGAAGAGGAAACUUCUGGGGAGCCUAUGAAAGUUGACCUUGCAUGCGAAGCAGCAGAUGUUUCAAUUAACGAUGCUGAAAUGAAUAGUCAAGUUGAAAGUAUAAAUGAUCCUACAGAAACAAAGCAGGAAGCUUAA